GCAGAAGCAACCUUUUGUGUGGUUCACGAAGAACGUCCGCGAAAUUUUAAUCUUGAUAACGGUAAAUGAGAAUGCGGUCUGUUUAAAGUGGCGAUAGAGGAAAGUGCAAUUUGAAAAAUCUGUGAAGCCGCGUGAAGUCGAAACUAGGUGUAAGAUGACGUCGGCGGUGAAGAUGACCACCUAUCACCUCGCGAAUCUUCUGGAGAAGAUGACGUCGGCGGAUAAGGAUUACCGCUUCAUGGCAACGAAUGACUUGAUGUCAGAACUGCAGAAGGACAACAUAAUUCUGGACGACGAUUCGGAGAAGAAAGUCGUGAAGAUGUUGCUGAAACUUCUCGAAGACAAGAACGGAGAAGUUCAAAAUCUAGCAGUGAAAUGCAUGGGUCCGUUGGUCGGCAAAGUUCGCGACGCACAAGUAGAACACGUGGUUGAAUCGCUCUGUUCGAACAUGCUCUCAGAAAAGGAACAACUCCGAGACAUUUCCUCAAUCGGACUCAAAACCGUUUUACCUGAAAUUUCCCCAGCAUCAAUGCUUCUCGCUGCUGCAUCAGGACCUUCGCCAUCCGGCCUUGCCGCUGCAGGCCACAGUCAACCCGUGCAACUUCCAGCUAACAUCGUGAAACGAAUCACUCCCCGGAUCGUUUCUGCGAUAUCUCGUGAGGAUGUGUCGGUUCAGUUGGAAGCUCUUGAUAUUCUCGCGGAUCUUCUGUCCCGUUUCGGACCCUUGCUCAUCCCUUAUCACAUCAGCAUCUUGGACGCUUUGGAACCGCAACUGGCUUCUGUGCGUCUCGCUGUUCGGAAGAGGUCAAUCAUCUGCUUGGGUCAUUUGACCAUAAAUUGUCAGAGCACGUUAUACACUCGCCUGAUCGACUUUCUUUUGGAUUCGUUGCACACGAACGCGUCGAUGUCAACUUCGAGGACGUACGUGCAAUGCAUUGGUGCCAUUAGUCGUUCUUCGGGCCACAGGUUCGGGCUUUACUUGGAACGUGUGUUGCCGUUGAUCUUCGGGUUCUGUCGGGCCGGUGCCGCAGGGAGUGUGAAUGGAGAGGCUCGAGUGAAUGAGAGUGAGGACGACGAAUUGCGAGAGAACUGCCUGCAGGCGUGCGAAGCGUUCAUGCGAACAUGUCCAAAACAUAUGCAACCUUAUCUCAGCGACUUGAUGGACAUGUGUCUCGAGUAUUUGAACUAUGAUCCUAAUUACAGCUACGGGGACGAAGAAGAAGACGAUCUCGACUCUGGCAACGGAAUCGAGUGCUCGAAAAAGUUGGAAUUUUUGUGUGAUAGGUUCAAAGAGCGAGAGGAGAAUGUGAAGGUGGAUAUUUUGCAUGUGUACACAUCCAUGCUGAAGCAGUUGCCCAGGACGUGCAACUUGACCACUGCUGCUGCAACAGGAAGCAGCCAGACCACACAAGACGUGGACGAGAUGGAAACUGAAUUGGUGGACGGCCAGCACGAGUUGGCAACUCAAAUGCCAGCCAUGGUUCGAAGUAUUACCCGGCAAAUGAAGGAGAAAGGCGUUCGAACCCGUCAAGCCUGUUUGGCGCUUCUAACUGAACUCAUUUCCGUGGCCCCGGGGACUCUGGACCAGCACGUGUCCGCUUUGAUCCCUGGGAUCCUCUUCUCUCUUGGUGAGAAGAAUGCCGUUAGUUCGAUGAGGAUGGAGACGCUGUCGUUUUUGUACCGGCUUCUGAGCUCUGUGCAUCCGAGUGCUUUCCAUGCGCACAUAGCUGUGUUGUUGCCACCGGUGAUCACUGCAGUGGGGGACAGCUUUUACAAGAUAACUUCUGAAGCAUUGCUUGUGACACAGCAGUUGGUGAAAAUUAUGCGACCUCUAGAUGAGGCAAGCGAGUCCAGUGGUUUUGAUUUCGCACCCUACGUUAAUGAGGUGUAUCAGGCGACGUUGCACCGAUUGCGAGCAGCUGACAUUGACCAGGAAGUGAAGGAACGUGCGAUCAUGUGCAUGGGUGUAGUGAUAUCCCAUUUGGGCGACAAUCUGGUCCAGGUUUUGCCCGCGUGUUUGCCCAUUUUUCUCGACCGACUCCGGAAUGAAAUCACGAGAUUGGCCACUGUCAAGUCCUUGAAUCUUGUCGCGUCUUCGAGGCUGUGUCUCGAUUUGCGACCUAUUUUGGCGGAAGGAGUUCCGAUUUUGGCAACGUUUUUGCGCAAGAACGUUCGUGCGCUGAAAUUGCACACGUUGUUGCUUUUGGACACGUUGGUGAAGAAACAGUACACCAAGGGCUUGAGACCGGAGUCUUUGCAGGCAGUGAUGCAAGAGUUGCCAGCAUUGAUCAACGAGUCGGAUUUGCAUAUUGCGCAGCUCACUUUGACUCUGUUGACAUCUAUUGGAGCCGAGAGCAAAUCAUCUUUGGUUGACAUCGAUCGACUAGGGAUUUUGAAUGAGGUUCGAAACCUGCUCAAGUCUCCUUUGCUGCAAGGAGCACCGUUGGAGUCGAUGUUGGGUUUCUUCAGAGCGCUAGUCGCUGCUCAACUUCCUGGCCUAGGCUUCAAGGAACUCCUGCAUUCGUUGCUGACGUUUGUUCACAGCCCCUCCACGCAUUUGAAUCGACAGGCGAAUCAUUCGGUGGCCAAGUGUGUAUCUGCUUUGGUGGCUGAAAGACCGAGUGAAGCUUUGGCAGUUGUAAAUCAUUUGCUGCAUGACGUGCAGACGAAUCCCAGUGACAGCAUUAAAGUGUUUUCUGUUUUGGCUCUGGGAGAAAUCGGGAGACAAAUGGAUCUGACGGGUGUGCAAGGCGUGAGAGCGACGUUGCUCGAUAACUUGAGUGCCAAUUCCGAAGAGGUCAAAUCAGCAGCUUCUCACGCUUUGGGCUUGUCAAGUUUGGCAAACCUCAACGCUAGUGUUCCAUUUUUGCUUGCCGAAAUCCAAGGAGGAUCAAAGCGACAAUACCUUCUGCUUCAUGCUCUCAAAGAGGUGAUCGUGAAUCAAAGUGCGACGGCAGAAGGCGUGGCUGCGUUACGGCCGUUUGUUGGCGACGUCUGGGCACUUUUGUUUGCCCACGCAGAAACUUCUGAAGAAGGCAUGAGGAAUGUUGUUGCAGAAUGUUUGGGAAGGUUGACAUUGUCGGAGCCUGCGGAUUUGCUGCCGAGGCUCAAAGAGCAGCUGAUGCAUUCGAAUGCGUUUAUGAGAAGCACAGUUAUUACUGCGAUCAAAUUCACCAUUUCCGACCAGCCUGAACUGAUCAGAGAAGUUGAGAUGGGGCCAUUCAAGCACACGGUGGAUGAUGGACUGGAUUUGCGAAAAGCUGCGUUUGAAUGCAUGUACACUCUGCUGGAUUCUGCAGUUCUUCUCCCGAGCCUGGACUUGGACACGUUUCUGGAUCGUGUGGACUCCGGGCUCAGGGACCAUCAUGAUAUAAAAAUGCUGUCUUAUUUGAUGUUGUCGCGACUGGCAACCCUGGCACCGCAUACAAUGCUAGCUAGGUUGGAUAAGUUGGUGGAGCCCUUGAAGACAACUUGUGUAUCCAAGGCUAGGGCAUUGUCUGUGAAGCAAGAGAGUGAGAAGUUGGAUGAGCUCAAGAGAGCUGCGCUUAGGGUUGUUGUUGCUCUGCAAGGCAUUCAUGAUGCUGAUAAAAAUCCACAUUUGAACGAUUUCAUGAGCGUGAUCCUGUCUGCGAAAGAACUGAAAGCCCUGUACGAUUCUGUGCAAAACGACGCUGGAGCAGUUGGCAACUCGGGAAAUUCCGGAGCCUCCAUUUGGAUAACUGGGGGUUCCAGUGGGAUUGGCCUCAGUCUUGCCAAGAUUGCUGUGAAUCAUGGAGCCAGUGUGUCUUUGUUCGCAAGAGAUGAGAAAAAGCUGAGAGAGGCAAAAGAUUUUCUUGAGAAAUCCAGAAAGUUGCAAACCAGUAAAAUCUUCACGUAUUCUGUUGAUGUUUCAUCAGGCUUUGAAGCUGUCAAGUCAGCUGUUGCGCAAGCUGAGGAGGCGCUUGGCAACACUUACAUGCUCAUCAACUGUGCUGGCUAUUGUUUCAGUGAAGUGUUUGAGAAAAUCCCCAUGGAGCAGUUUGAGAGAAUGAUGAGUGUCAACUACCUGGGCUCUGUGUAUUUUAGUAGAGCUGUGGUUCAGAAAAUGAAGGCAGAAGGGAUGGGCUCCAUCACUUUCGUUUCUUCUCAAGCUGGCAUCAUGGGUCUCUAUGGGUUCACUGGAUAUUCAGCUAGCAAAUUUGCAUUGCGUGGUUUGGCUGAAUCUUUGUACAUGGAGUUGAAGCCUUAUGGAGUUGGAGUGACUUUCAGCAUGCCUCCAGAUACAGAUACACCAGGCUUGGUUGCUGAAAAUGUGACCAAACCUGCUGCAACCAAGGAAAUAUCUGCAGGAUCAGGACUUUCUUCACCUGAACAAGUGGCUGAUAAAAUCCUGAAAGAUGCUGUUGGAGGAGUUUUUCUAUCAUGUCAUGGCUUGGAAGGGCAUCUUCUGGGCAUACUCUGUAGUGGCAUGGCACCAGCCUUGUCUGUUAUUGAGCUUCUUGGGCAGGAUGAGGACCCCUCCGGAGAUUUCAUUCUUCAGCAAGUUAUUCAAGCGUUGAUCGAAGACAUCGGGAAAGCUCUCUGUGAACAUGGGCAUUUCGGACUUUGUCAAGCCCAAGUGGCGCACCUGGAAAUGCUACUCCGAGAACGCGAGGACCUCGAUGGCCCAGGUCCAGUCGUCCGCGCAGUUUCCAUAGUAGAAAAGAAGGGCGUGACUCGAAUCACUUCCCCGCAACUCAACCUCCUCUACAAGGUGAUGGACGAAUUCCCGUCCGGGCCCGGGCCGUCUUCUCGGAUCCACUACGUGGCCAGAACCAUCAAAUUCUGUGAUUGCGACCGGUUCUUCCGUAACAUCCUGCUCAUCUCGCCGCCAUUGCAUGUUUGUGAGCACAUUUUAGCCGUGCACCUCGCCACUGUGGCGGAAAGAACGGAAUUCAUGCAUGAAGUGACUAUGGAAAACGACGCAGUGGUUGAGAUGAUCGUGGAGUUGUUCUCCGGCGGCGGAGAGAAUUAA